UCGUAUAAAAAAAAAUAUCGAAUAGUCGAUAAUGUCCACGAUAUCGAUAAUUUGUAAACACACAUUUCUAUGCUAGUGGAUACACGAGGCCGGCAUACAUAUAUUUCACGAAGAAGGUUAAGAAAAAUAUUGAAUAAAAUAUUUUCGUAAAAAUGGUUCGCCGAAAAAUUGAUAAUCGCAUACGAGUUUUGAUAGAAAACGGUGUCACUCUGAGACACAGGACGAUGUUUGCCAUUGUCGGCGAAAAAGCGAGAGAUCAAGUGGUAUUAUUGCAUCAUAUGUUGUCUAAGACUGUCGUAAAAGCUAGGCCUUCUGUAUUAUGGUGCUACAAAAAGGACCUAGGUUUUAGUAGUCAUAGAAAGAAACGAAUGAAAUCUUUGCAAAAGAAAAUCAAAUCGGGUAAAGUGGAUGUUAACGAGGAUGAUCCAUUUGAGUUGUUUGUUAUUUCAACUAAUAUUCGCUACUGUUAUUAUAAUGAAACGCAUAAAAUAUUAGGUAACACGUAUGGCAUGUGUAUAUUACAGGAUUUUGAAGCGAUUACACCAAACUUAUUGGCGCGUACUAUUGAAACAGUAGAGGGUGGUGGAAUUAUUGUAUUUCUGUUGCAAUCUAUGAAUUCUUUAAAACAAUUAUAUACAAUGAACAUGGAUGUUCAUCAGAGGUUUCGCACGGAAGCUCAUAAAGAUAUAAUAUGUCGAUUUAAUGAGAGGUUCCUGUUGUCUCUGGCUUCGUGUACUCGAUGUUUAGUCAUUGAUGAUCAGUUAAAUGUAUUGCCUAUAUCUUCACACAAUCUAAGGAUAGAACCUGUGCAUAAAUCGGGCGUUUUAGAAGAACAGUCAAGUUUGGAUACUUUAAAGGAGAAUUUGCAAGACACUCAGCCUGUAUCUGCAUUAAUUAAUUGCUGCAAAACAGUCGACCAGGCAAAAGCAGUUCUUAAAUUUAUCGAAUGUAUUUCUGAGAAAACUUUAAGAUCAACUGUAUCGCUAACUGCUGCUAGAGGACGCGGAAAAUCUGCUGCAUUGGGGCUUGCCAUUGCUGGAGCUGUUACUUUUGGAUACUCCAAUAUUUAUAUCUCAAGUCCCAGUCCAGAGAACUUGAACACUCUCUUUGAAUUUGUCUUUAAAGGAUUUGACGCUCUUGGAUAUCAGGAACAUCUCGAUUAUGGAUUAGUACAAUCCACAAAUCCAGAGUUUAAUAAAGCUACUGUACGUGUAAAUGUGUUUCGAGAUCAUCGUCAGACAAUUCAGUACAUACAUCCAACAGAUACCCAUAAAUUAAAUCAAGCAGAACUGCUUGUGAUUGACGAAGCAGCAGCGAUUCCUUUACCUUAUGUUAAAGCAAUGCUUGGGCCUUAUCUAAUAUUUCUUGCGUCAACUAUAAACGGAUAUGAAGGGACAGGUCGGUCCUUGUCGCUCAAACUGCUACAGCAAUUGAGGACACAGACUGCUGGAUCAAACAGCCAUGGAAAAAAUGAAAAGGAGCAACAAGAGAAAAUUCUUAUUGGCAGGCAGUUGCACGAACUUACCCUCGAUGAAUCGAUACGUUAUAAAACUGGUGAUUCUAUAGAACAAUGGCUGUGCGAUUUACUUUGUUUAAAUGCUACGAUGCAUGCACCCAUUCUUUCCGGAUGUCCUCCACCUGAUAUGUGUCAAUUGUAUUACAUAAAUAGAGAUACAUUAUUCUCUUAUCACAAGGCUUCUGAGUUGUUUUUACAAAGGCUGGUUUCUCUGUAUGUUGCAUCACAUUAUAAAAAUACCCCUAACGAUUUGCAAAUGAUGUCUGACGCACCUGCGCAUCAUCUAUUUUGUUUAUUGGGACCUGUAGAUUCUAAUAGAAAGACUCUGCCUGAAAUAUUAGUCGUUCUUCAAAUUUGCUUGGAAGGUGAAGUUAGCAAAACUAGUAUAAAGGAGGGUCUCAUGCGAGGUCGUAGAGCAGCCGGUGAUCUAAUACCGUGGACGAUUGCUCAGCAAUAUCAAGAUGAGGAUUUUCCAGUAUUGGCGGGCGCGCGCAUCGUUCGGAUUGCCACGCAUCCCGAUUAUCACGGGAUGGGAUACGGUAGUCGCGCAUUACAGUUGUUGAAACAAUACUAUGAGAUGAAGAUACCCAACAUUAAUGAAAGCAUUGCGCAAGAGCCAGUGAUGGAAAUAAAAAAUGUUUCCGAUGAAGCAGUCAAUUUAUUAGAAGAAAGUAUAGAACCUCGCAGUUCGUUACCACCGCUCUUAUUAAAAUUAAGCGAGAGGCAUCCAGAACAUCUGGAUUACAUUGGAGUAUCUUUCGGAGUUACCGAGCAACUGUUGAAAUUUUGGAAACGGUCCAAUUUUGUACCUACAUAUUUAAGGUAUGCAUAUACCUACAUAUAUUUAUAUAUAUAUAUAUAUACAUACGAAGGCAAUGCCGAGAGAUACGACGAGGGUGGAUUUCCUGCGGGCAUGCGUACAGCUCGCGAAAUGAUGGUGGUAGGGUGGAAAUCGCGGAGGUUCGAGGUCGACAAGAAGAUACAUUCCUGCAUAAUGCUUUGCAAAAUUAACACGGAACAGGAUAACGACAAAUGGUUGCAGGCUUAUUGGAGCGAUUUUCGCCGGCGAUUCUUAAGUCUACUCUCUUAUUCGUUUAACACCUAUCCAGCGUCGCUUGCAUUGAGUAUAUUAAUUAACAAAACAAUAUCUUUGGAAUCUGUCACACUGAGGAAAGAAACGUUGGAUGUUUACUUUACAUCAUACGAUCUAAAGCGUUUGCAAAUGUAUAGUAAUAAUAUGGCCGAUUAUCAUUUAAUUAUGGAUUUGCUACCAUCAUUAGCACGUUUAUACUUUUUAAAUAUGAUGGGAAACACUCAUUUCUCAGCAGCACAAUCGGCGAUUCUACUCGGCCUAGGCUUGCAACAUAAAAUCGUCGACAAAUUGGCGGAAGAGUUGAAUUUACCAUCUUCACAAUUACUCGGUUUAUUCAAUCGUAUAAUACGUAAAUCGAUUCAAUAUUUUAACAGUGUAGCGGAAAACUAUGUAGAGAGCACUAUGCUGACCAAUGAAUCAGUUAAUGAGGAAGUAAAAAUAAAUCCUUUAGGUGGACAAAGUUUACACGAAGAAUUAGAGAGCGCAGCUAAAGAAUUGAAAAUAAAACAGAGAGCAGAAUUGGAGAAACUAAAGAGAGAAAAUUUGGAGCAGUAUGCUAUUAAGGGAUCGGAAACAGAUUGGACUAGUGCGCUAUCCGGCAAGCACAGUAAAAACCUUAUUUCUGUAAAGACUGGUGAAAAGCGACUGUCAGAAGAUAAUAGUGUACAAGAGUUUGAAAAAAAGCAUGUAAAGAAGAAAAAAAGACAUUCUUCAAAGCUAUAAUUUUGUAAAAUGCAAUAAUUUACAUAAUUUAUGUAUAUCUGGAAAUAAAUAUGAAAGUUGACAUACUUAACUAA